GAUGAAGAGCGAGUUGCAAUUGGCACGCGCGUUGCAGAAGGGCAUCCGAAUUAUCAGCUCAUGUACGACAUGUUAACAGGCAUCCGUAUUGCUGUUGGGCGAGUUUCUGCAAAGAUAAAGCGAGAUCUGACUGAAGAAGAUUUUCGAGCGGCUCAUAAACUAGUGUUUGAUGUCACUGGCACAGAACUUACUCCAGGUGUUAAGUAUGACUUCAAAUUUAAAGACUAUGCGCCCUGGGUGUUCAGAAACCUUCGCGAACAGUUCCAUAUAGAUCCUGCUGACUAUAUGAUGUCACUUACAAACAAAUAUAUUCUGUCUGAAUUGGGCUCACCUGGAAAGAGUGGGAGUUUUUUCUAUUAUUCUCGAGAUUACCGCUUCAUUAUCAAGACAAUUCACCACACCGAGCACAAGUUUAUGCGGAAGGUUCUUGGCAAAUAUUAUCAGCAUGUAUGUGAAAAUCCGAAUACACUCCUGUGUCGCUUCUAUGGUUUAUAUCGUAUUAAAUUACCGCAUGGGCGCAAAAUCCAUUUUGUGGUUAUGGGGAAUGUUUUUCCGGCAAACAAAGAUAUUCAUGAAACUUAUGACCUUAAAGGGUCUACCUUUGGUCGACUUACUCCCGAAGAAGAGAUUUCCAAAAAUCCCCACGCGGUAAUGAAAGACCAAAACUGGGUUCAGCGACACAAAACGUUAGAAUUAGGGCCGUUAAAGCGUGAACUUUUGAUUACACAACUCGAGAGAGAUGUAGAGCUCCUGAAGCGAUUGAAGAUUAUGGAUUAUAGUCUAUUGAUCGGCAUUCACGACUUGUUGCGUGGCAACCGAGAAGGUAUCCGUGAUCAUCGUCUUCACAUCCCCGAUACACGCCCGAGUGAUCGUGACUCUAGCAGUCGAGCACACAAGCGAGAAAAUAAGGCUGACAUGGUACGAAAGGCUCUCAAAUCAGUAAAUCCUGUCCAGCUAUCAUCCUCUGAACUACCAGAAAGUCCAUCAGACGAACGUCGAUAUUGUGUAUUCUAUGCAGAAGAAGGUGGAUUUUUCUCAACUGGGCAAAACAAUGAUCCAGCAGAUAAAAUAUAUUUUGUUGGCAUUAUUGAUAUAUUGACACCUUAUAAUAUUGUCAAGAAAACCGAGCAUUUGUGGAAAAGUUUAACUCAGGACAAGCAUGCAAUUUCUGCUGUUAAUCCACUCGAAUAUGGAACACGAUUUAUGCACUUUAUGAAAAAAACAGUUACCCGCACG